AUUCUAAUCAGCCAUUGUAGCCAACCAAAUCCAGAAGCUUUUUUUUUCUCUCUCUCUCCGAUCUUCAGCAGCUGAGGACGACGAUGCAGCAAGCUGUGGCCUCCAACCUGCACGCCGUCACCACCGCCCCCGCCGCUCCAAGAAGCAGGAUCACAUGGACCAGCCGCCCUUCCUACGUGGUGGUGCCACCGAGAGGCUCCGUCAAGGCGCGGUCCAUGAGGAACGGCUCCACGGAUAGCCUGGACCACCUGCAGCGGGCGUCCAAGCCCAGGCGGCGGCAGCAGCAGCAGGGGAGCGCUCCAAGCCCAAGGAGACGCCUCAUCCAAACCACUCCAUUUGGGCUGUGGGACAGCUUCCCGGAAGCGAGGACGCUGGACCAGAUGGUGCGCACCAUGGAGCGCAUCAUGGACGGCGAGGGCGACGACGACGACGGCCGGGUCCUCGUCGUGCCGGCGGCGGUGGCGGCGAGCGCGGUGCCGCGCGCGGAGGCGGGCAACGGCGUCCUCGCUGUGCCUGCAGCAGGAGGAGCUGCUGCCACGGGCGCGGCGUACCGGCAGCGCGGCGGGCGGACGCCGUGGGAGGUCAGGGAGCGCGCGGGGGAGUACCUGGUGCGGUUCGACAUGCCGGGGAUGACGCGGGAGGACGUGCGGGUCAGCGUGCGGGACCGGACGCUGGUGGUGGCCGCCGAGAAGAAGGACGCGGCGGCGAAGGAGCAGCACGAGGACGAGGCGGACGAGGAGGAGGAUCAGGGCGAGCCGUGGCCGGCGGCGAGCUUCGGCCGGUACAGGACGCGGUUCGAGCUGCCGGAGAACGUGGACGUGGAGAGGAUCGCGGCCGAGGUGAGGGACGGCGUGCUCUACCUCACCAUCCCCAAGUUGUCAGCCGGGGGCAAGGUCGUCAACAUCCAGGUGCAGUGAAGGCACCAGCUCCAACAUCAACGAGCACCUUCUGGAUGGAGCACCGCUCUUGUAUUGGUACUUGGACUUGGGUCUGCCGUAGCUAAUAUUAACAUCAUACGGAUGGACAUAACCAUUGUCGUUGGAGAGAGUCCAUUCUGAGAAGAGCUCGGCCGGGAUGUUCAAGGCGCAUUAUCAAUUAUAUUGCUUCGGGCCUCGGUUUUCAAA